UCCACCAAAGCCAUUCCUCUCUCAUUCGCUCCGAUUUCCAAAAUCCCAUGGCUGGAUACCCACAAAACCCAUCCGGCUACAACUACGGGGCGCCACCGCCGUCUCAACAAUACUACUCCGCCGCGUACGGUGCUGCACCACCACCAUACGGCCAACACCAACAGUCGCCUUACGCACAUGCAGUUGCCAGCCCCUACGGUGCACCCUCUUACGGUGCACCCUUAUCCUCCCCGUUCGCGGCACUUCUUCCGUCGACGUUCCCUCCGGGAACGGAUCCAAACGUGAUUGCAUGUUUUCAGAUGGCUGAUCUGGACGGGAGUGGAGCUGUCGAUGAUAAUGAGUUGCAGAGAUCGUUAUCUGCGUAUAAUCAAAGCUUCAGUAUCCGUACCGUUCGUCUUCUCAUGUAUCACUUCACCAACAACAACACUAGAAAGAUCGGACCUAAGGAUUUCACUCAGGUGUUCUAUAGUCUUCAGAAUUGGAGGGCAAAUUUUGAAAAAUUCGAUCGAGAUCGCAGCGGUCGUAUAGAUGCUUUGGAAUUGAGAGAGGCACUUGCGAGCCUCGGUUUUUCCGUUUCACAUUUUGUCUUGGAUUUGCUCGUUUUGAAGUUCGACAAGACGGGUGGAAUGAAUAAGGCCAUCGAGUACGACCAUUUCAUCGAGUGUUGUCUCGUCGUUAAGGGGUUAACGGAGAAGUUCAAGGAGAAGGACACGGCAUACUCAGGCUAUGCAACAUUCAGUUACGAGGCUUUCAUGUUGACGGUUCUCCCGUUACUUAUUGCAUAAGACGGGUGCCCUUUGUCUGUUAAUACUGAAAAUUUAGAAAACCGUAUUCAGUUUUUCUUGUAAUUUUGUAACGUUGUUUGUAUAUUUUUUGUAUCGUCAACACAUUGU